AUGACUACUGAUAAGAUUACUUUCCUGUUAAACUGGCAACCAGCCCCAUAUCAUAUUGCUAUUUUUUUAAGUCAAACAAAAGGCUUCUUCAAGGAACAAGGUUUGGAUAUGGCUAUUCUUGAACCAUCCAAUCCUUCUGAUGUCACCGAAUUGAUUGGCUCCAAUAAAGUUGAUAUGGGUUUGAAAGCUAUGAUUCACACCUUAGCUGCCAAGGCCCGUGGUUAUCCAGUGACCUCUGUAGCAUCUCUCUUGGAUGAACCGUUCACUGGUAUUCUUUAUCUAAAGAAUAGUGGAAUUACUGAAGACUUUCAAUCUUUAAAAGGUAAGAAGAUUGGCUAUGUCGGUGAAUUCGGUAAGAUUCAAAUUGAUGAGUUAACUAAGCAUUAUGGUAUGAAGCCUGGUGACUACACAGCUGUCAGAUGUGGUAUGAAUAUUGCGAAGUAUAUUGUUGAAGGAAAAAUUGAUGCUGGUGUUGGUAUUGAAUGUAUGCAACAAGUAGAAUUAGAAGAACACCUGAAACAGAAGGGACUUCCAAUCAGUGAUGUGAGGAUGUUAAGAAUUGAUAAGUUAGCAUGUCUUGGUUGUUGUUGUUUCUGUACUAUCCUUUAUAUAUGUAACGAUCAGUUUUUAAAGGAAAAUCCUGAAAAGGUGAAGAAAUUUUUAAUUGCUAUUAAGAAGGCCACUGAUUACGUUUUGAGUGAUCCUGUCACUGCGUGGAAGGAAUAUGUCAAUUUCAAACCUCAAUUGGAUAACGAGUUGUCCUAUAAGCAAUUCCAAAGAUGUUAUGCGUAUUUCUCUGAAUCAUUAUUCAAUGUCCAUCGUGAUUGGAAAAAGGUUACAGCUUACGGUAAAAGAUUGUCAAUUCUUCCACCGGAUUAUGUGGCCAAUUAUACCAAUGAGUUUCUCUCCUGGGCCGAACCGGAAGAAGUUUCUGAUCCUUUAGAGGCUCAAAGAUUAAUGGCUAUCCACCAAGAGAGUUGUAAGAAAGAAGGUACAUUCAGAAGAUUGAUUCUACCAGUUUAA